AUGGGAUCAGUGGGACAGAGGGAGGAGAAGAGGCAAGGGUCCCUACAGGGGGAGCACCAGCGCAGACUGUACAAGGAGCUGAUGGCCAACUACAACCGUCUGGAGAGACCAGUGAUCAACGACUCCUCUCCUCUUCUGGUGGAGCUGGGAAUGACUCUGCUGCAGAUCAUAGACGUGGAUGAGAAGAACCAGGUCCUGAUGACCAACGCAUGGUUACAGCUGUACUGGACUGAUGUGUACCUGAGCUGGAAUCCAGAGAACUACCCCGGGGUUCAGAACCUACGUUUCCCCUCCAGCCAGAUCUGGACCCCUGACAUCCUCCUCUACAACAGUGCUGAUGAGAGAUUUGAUGCCACCUUCCACACCAACGUGCUGGUGAAUGCGUCGGGUUACUGCCAGUACAUCCCCCCGGGCAUCCUGAAGAGUACCUGCUAUAUUGACGUACGCUGGUUCCCCUUCGACGUCCAGAAGUGUGACCUGAAGUUUGGCUCGUGGACCCACAACGGCUGGCUGCUGGACCUGCAGAUGCUGGACGUGGACACGUCUACCUACAUACCCAAUGGAGAGUGGGACCUCGUGGGAGUCCCUGCCAAGCGUAAUGAGCUGUACUAUGACUGCUGUAAGGAGCCCUACCCUGACGUCACCUUCACCGUCACCAUGCGAAGACGAACCCUCUACUACGGUCUCAACCUGCUCAUCCCCUGUGUCCUCAUCUCUGGCCUGGCCCUGCUGGUCUUUCUGCUGCCCGCCGACUCCGGAGAGAAGAUCUCCCUGGGUAUCACGGUCUUGCUCUCUCUAACAGUCUUCAUGCUACUGGUUGCUGAGAUCAUGCCCGCCACCUCAGACUCUGUGCCUCUCAUCGCUCAGUACUUUGCCAGUACAAUGAUGAUAGUGGGUCUGUCUGUGGUGGUGACUGUUCUGGUCCUGCAGUUCCAUCACCACGACCCACAGGGCGGCAAGAUGCCCAGAUGGGUCAGGGUGGUGCUGUUGAACUGGUGUGCAUGGUUUCUGCGAAUGAAACAGCCAGGUGAGGAGCGCAAACCCGCUGGCUACCAGUACCGCCACCCUCCCCAGCAACAUUCCAGCGCCAGCUCCAUCGAGAUGGGACCUAUGGGCACCGUGAUGGGCCUCACCCCGCCCCUCUCCCAGGCCCCCUGCUCCACUGGCACUUCCAACGGCAGCAUGGGCCUCUACUUCAGCUACAACGCUGUGGAGAGCCCCCACUGUCCCAGCGACUCAGGCGUGGCGUCGGGGGGACUGGCCCAAGGGACCCCCUGCGAGGAGGCUGAGCCCCCAGGGGGAGGUGCUGGAAGAGGGAGAGGAGGUGGUGGAGGAGGAGGGUUGAUCUUUACUCCUCCAGAAGUCUUUCAGAUCCUGGAGGAGGUGUCGUAUAUCGCCCAGCGCUUCAGGGACCAGGAUGAGGAAGUGGCGAUCUGCAGCCAGUGGAAGUUUGCUGCUGCCGUGGUGGACAGGCUGUGUCUGGUGGCCUUCACUCUCUUCUCCAUCAUCGGCACCUUCACCAUCCUCAUGUCUGCUCCCAACUUCUUGGAGGCCGUGACCAAGGACUAUCUAAAGAAAUAG